AUGGCUUCCAGUGACGCAGUUUUGGAAAUACUUUCCAAACUUUCCAUCAACGUCGACCCUAUCUCUCAUGACCCUGUUCUUGACACCAAGACAUGGGCUGAAAAGUUAUCCAACUUGCAGACUCCUCAAUACCAGACAACAAAGACCUUGAUUUUUAAGCCCAAGACAGCCAAGACAGCACCCGUCACUCCCGUUUUUGUGAUUGCCCUUGACUCAACCGAGACAAACGCGACAGCACUUGGCAAGAAACUUUCAUUAAAGGAUUUGCGUUUUGCCAGUGAGGACUUACUCAAGGACACCUUCAAGACCCAAAAGGGUUCCGUCUCUCCCUUUGCCUUGUCUAACGUAGCCGAAUUGAACAAUGUCCAUAUCGUCGUUGACGCCGCUGCCUUACAGACUACGGACUUGCUUGCUUUCCAUCCUGCAACAUCUGACAAGACCAUCUUCAUUUCAGCUCAACAAUUAAAGACAUAUUUAGCAUCCCUCGGAAAGGAACAUGUCGAGGUGGACUUUAAGGCCCUGGCCGAGGCCAAGCCCGCUCCUAAGCCUGCCAAAGCUGCCCCUGCAAAGAAAGAAGCCAUUGUCAACAACAAUGAAGAGGUGAAUGCGAUGGGUAUUGGAUGUAAGAAAGAUGAAGAUUUCCCCAAAUGGUACCAACAAGUAUUGACCAAGAGUGAAAUGUUGGAAUACUAUGAUGUCUCUGGUUGUUACAUUCUUCGUCCCUUAGCCUACAACAUUUGGAAGGAGAUCACCAACUUUUUCGAUGCGGCCAUUACCGAGAUGGGUGUUGAGGACACGUAUUUCCCCAUGUUUGUCUCCAACCGAGUCCUUCAGCGCGAAAAGGACCAUAUCGAAGGAUUUGCACCUGAAGUUGCCUGGGUGACCAAGGCUGGUAACAGCGAUCUGGAAGAACCUAUCGCGAUCCGUCCCACGUCAGAGACGGUCAUGUACCCCUAUUUUGCCAAAUGGAUUCGAUCUCACCGUGAUUUGCCCUUACGUAUCAACCAAUGGUGUUCUGUCGUUCGUUGGGAAUUCAAGCAUCCUCAACCUUUCCUCCGUACACGUGAGUUCCUCUGGCAGGAAGGACACACAGCCCACUUGACCCUUGAAAGUGCCGAUAAGGAAGUCAAGGAGAUCCUCGAUCUCUAUGCUCAAGUCUACACUGACCUCUUAGCCCUCCCCGUUGUCAAGGGCGUCAAGUCCGACAAGGAACGUUUCGCAGGUGGUUACUACACGACAACCGUCGAAGGUUUUAUCCCCACCACCGGCCGCGCCAUCCAGGGCGGUACGUCUCACUGCCUGGGCCAAAACUUUAGUAAGAUGUUCAACAUCACCGUCGAGGACCCUAACGCUCCUCCUGGUGAGGAAGUACCCAAGAUCCACGUCUGGCAAAACUCAUGGGGUCUCUCUACUCGUACGAUCGGUGUCAUGGUCAUGACCCACGGUGACGACAAGGGUCUUGUCUUGCCUCCUCGUGUUGCCCUUAUCCAAACCGUUGUUGUUCCCUGUGGCCUCAGCGUCAAGUCCUCCAAGGAAGAAAUCGACAGAAUCUACGACGCCUGUGCCGACGUCGCCGCUCGUCUCAAGAAGGCCGGCAUCAAGAGCAAGGCUGAUCUCAGAGAAAAUUAUACCCCCGGCUUCAAGUUCAACCAUUGGGAAAUCCGUGGUAUCCCCCUCCGUAUCGAAAUCGGCCCCAAGGAUCUGCAAAAGAACCAGGUGUUCUGUGCCCGUCGUGAUACCGGCGACAAGUUCUCCAUCUCCUUGGAUAACCUCGAACAAGGAGUCAAGGAUUCGCUCGAAACAAUUCAACAAGACAUGUUUAAGAGAGCCAAGCAAAAGAUGGAUGAGUCUAUUGUGCGUGUCAGCAAGUGGGAAGACUUUGUUCCUACCUUGAACCAAAAGAAGCUGCUCCUCGUUCCCUGGUGUAAUCGUACCGAAUGUGAAGAUGACAUCAAGGACCGUUCCGCUCGUGUUGCCUCUGAAGGCGAGGAGGAAGAUGAACGUGCUCCUUCUAUGGGUGCCAAGUCUCUCUGUAAGCCAUUUGAACAGCCUACUGAAGAUCCUAUUGUUCCUGGCGUGACAAAGUGUGUUGCUUGUGACCAUGAUGCUCAACACUUUAUGCUCUUUGGUAGAAGUUACUAA